GGAAGAAGAGGUUCAAGAUUUGGAAGGUUUGGAAGCCCUCACUCACUGAUAGCUGCCAGUGCCUUGGAUUCCUUUGUGACUCCUCACAUCUAGAAAGUCCUCUCAUGCUUUCUGGAGUGGCAUAGUCCUGUACUGCCUCAGGGAAGAGGCUCUCAGUGGUGUAGGUUUCAUGCCAYAGAAAGACCAUGGCAAGUUCCAGAGGUACCUCGCGUUCUCCUCGGGACAUCGCCAAUGUGAUGCAGAGGCUGCAAGAUGAGCAAGAAAUUGUACAAAAGCGUACUUUCACAAAAUGGAUCAACUCUCAUCUGGCCAAGCGGAAGCCCCCUAUGGUGGUGGAUGAUCUUUUUGAAGACAUGAAAGAUGGUGUCAAACUGCUUGCUCUCCUAGAGGUCCUGUCUGGUCAGAAACUGCCUUGUGAACAAGGACGUCAUAUGAAGCGAAUCCAUGCGGUGGCAAACAUCGGCACUGCGCUCAAGUUUCUGGAAGGAAGAAAGAUUAAACUAGUCAACAUUAACUCCACUGAUAUAGCUGAUGGCCGACCAUCAAUAGUUCUUGGAUUGGUGUGGACCAUUAUUCUAUAUUUCCAGAUUGAAGAGUUGACCAGCAACCUGCCACAGCUACAGUCUCUGUCCAGCAGUGCCUCUUCUGUGGACAGCAUCGUCAGCUCUGAGACUGCCAGCCCACCAAGCAAGCGCAAGGUGGCCACCAAGAUCCAAGGAAAUGCCAAGAAAGCUCUAUUAAAAUGGGUGCAGUACACAGCAGGCAAGCAGAUCGGAAUAGAAGUGAAAGAUUUUGGGCGAAGUUGGAGAAGUGGAGUUGCCUUCCAUUCCGUUAUCCAUGCGAUCCGACCUGAGUUGGUGGACUUGGAGAAGGUGAAAGGCAGAUCUAACAGAGAAAAUCUGGAAGAUGCUUUCACUAUUGCUGAAACACAACUGGGCAUUCCAAGACUGCUGGACCCUGAAGAUGUUGAUGUGGAUAAACCAGAUGAGAAGUCCAUUAUGACUUAUGUGGCCCAGUUUCUGAAACAUUAUCCUGACGUCCACAAUGCAGGCAGUGAUGGGCUAGAGAAUGAUGAAAUACUUCCAGUUUUCCCAUCUUUUGCAAUUUCUAUCCAAAGUUUUAAGAGAGAAGACAGACUAAUUUUGAAGGAAACUAAAGUUUGGAUAGAACAAUUUGAAAGAGAUUUGACGAGGGCACAGAUGACAGAAUCAAAUAUGCAGGAUAAGUAUCAGUCAUUUAAACACUUCAGAGUCCAAUAUGAAAUAAAAAGGAAACAGAUUGAACAUUUAAUUCAACCAUUACACAGAGACGGUAAAUUGUCACUUGACCAAGCAUUGGUAAAACAAUCCUGGGACAGAGUGUCCUCCAGGCUCUUUGACUGGCAUAUACAGCUUGAUAAAUCUCUUCCUGCGCCUCUGGGCACUAUAGGUGCCUGGCUGUACAGGGCAGAGGUGGCCCUGAGAGAGGAAAUAACCAUUCAGCAAGUCCAUGAGGAAACAGCAAACACAAUACAACGGAAACUGGAGCAACAUAAGGAUCUGCUUCAAAACACAGAUGCCCACAAAAGAGCAUUCCAUGAAAUCUAUCGGACCAGGUCUGUCAACGGGAUCCCAGUGCCACCUGAUCAAUUAGAGGACAUGGCCGAGAGGUUUCACUUUGUUUCCUCCACAUCAGAGCUGCACUUAAUGAAAAUGGAAUUUCUAGAAUUAAAGUACCGUCUGCUCUCACUGCUGGUUCUUGCAGAGUCAAAGCUAAAGUCUUGGAUCAUCAAGUACGGGAGACGAGAGUCAGUGGAGCUGCUUCUACAAAACUACAUCUCUUUCAUAGAAAAUAGCAAGUUCUUUGAACAAUAUGAAGUGACAUACCAGAUCCUGAAACAGACAGCUGAGAURUACGUCAAAGCAGAUGGUUCAGUGGAAGAAGCUGAGAAUGUGAUGAAAUUCAUGAAUGAAACCACAGCUCAGUGGAGGAAUCUCUCAGUUGAAGUACGGAGUGUGAGGAGCAUGCUGGAGGAAGUGAUCUCUAACUGGGAUCGCUAUGGCAACACAGUGGCUAGUCUUCAAGCCUGGCUAGAGGAUGCUGAAAAAAUGCUAAGUCAAUCAGAAACUGCCAAAAAGGAUUUUUUUCGAAAUUUGCCUCAUUGGAUUCAGCAGCACACCGCCAUGAAUGAUGCCGGCAAUUUUCUAAUUGAAACUUGUGAUGAAAUGGUUUCCCGUGACCUGAAGCAGCAAUUACUACUGCUCAAUGGGAGGUGGAGGGAGUUGUUUAUGGAAGUCAAGCAAUAUGCUCGAGCAGAUGAGAUGGACAGAAUGAAGAAAGAAUAUACAGACUGUGUUACUGCCCUCUCUGUUUUCACAACUGAAGCCCAUGGGAAGUUUUCAGAGCCCUUCGACGUCUCUUUUCUUAACAUCAAGUUGUUAAUUCAAGACUUAGAGGAUAUUGAGCAGAGGGUGCCUGUAAUGGAUGCCCAGUACAAGAUGAUCACAAAGACAGCACAUCUCAUUGCCAAAGAGAGCCCCCAAGAAGAAGCCAGCGAGAUGUUUGCAACCAUGUCCAGGCUCAAAGAGCAGCUAGCCAAGGUCAAAGAGUGCUACUCCCCACUUCUGUAUGAGUCUCAGCAGCUGGUGGUUCCAUUGCAGGAAUUAGAAAAGCAGAUAACAUCCUUCUAUGACUUACUCGGAAAAAUCAAUGAAAUUAUAACAGUUCUUGAGCAUGAGGCACAAUCUAGUGCUCUUUUUAAACAAAAACAUCAGGAGCUGCUAGCUUGUCAAGAAGCCUGUAAGAAAACCUUGGGGCUCGUUGAGAAAGGCAGUCAAACCGUUCAAAAAUUUGUGACCUUGAGUAAUGUGUUAAAGCAUUUUGAUCAGACGAAGCUACAAAGACAGAUUGCUGAUGUUCAUGUUGCUUUUCAGAAUAUGGUAAAGAAAACCGGGGAUUGGAAGAAGCAUGCGGAAACCAACAGUCGCUUGAUGAAGAAAUUCGAGGAGUCUCGGGCAGAGUUGGAGAAAGUGCUGCGGGUGGCACAGGAGGGCCUUGAGGAGAAGGGGGAUCCCGAAGAGCUGCUGCCGAAGCACACUGAGUUUUUCAGUCAGCUGGAUCAGAGAGUCCUCAACGCUUUCCUGAAAGCCUGCGAUGAGCUCACGGACAUCCUCCCUGAGCAGGAGCAGCAGGGGCUGCAGGAGGCUGUGAGGAAGCUCCAUAAACAAUGGAAGGAUCUUCAAGGAGAGGCCCCUUAUCAUUUGCUGCAUUUGAAGAUUGCCGUGGAGAAGAAGAGAUUCUUAGCCUCUGUAGAAGAAUGCAAGGCUGAGCUGGAGAGAGAGACCAAGCUGGUGCCCCAGGAAGGCAGUGAAAAUAUCAUUAAGGAGCACAGGAUUUUCUUCAGUGACAAAGGUCCUCAUCAUCUCUGUGAGAAAAGGUUACAACUCAUUGAAGAACUGUGUGGGAAACUCCCAGUCCGGGACCCAGUAAGGGAAACACCUGUAACCUGUCACACGGCCCUGAAAGAGCUCAGAGCUGCCAUUGACUGCACCUAUGCCAAGCUUGUGGAUGACCCAGACAAGUGGAAGGACUAUGUCAGCAGAUUUUCUGAGUUGUCAUCUUGGAUAGCUGCAAAGGAGAUGCAGUUGAAGGCCUUCAAGGAUAAGGCCCUUGAUGCUACCAACUACAGCGAGGUUAAACAUGCCUCUGAUGAGAUCAGGAAUUAUGUUGCCAAAAAAGGGGAGACUCUCAGCUGGCUGAAAUCCAGGCUGAAAAUUUUGAUUGAAGUUUCUUCUGAGACUGAAGCACAGAAGCAAGGAGACGAGCUGGCAAAACUGUCUAGCUCUUUCAAGGCUCUCAUGGCUUUGCUGUCAGAGGUUGAAAAGAUGUUAAGCAACUUUGGGGAUUGUGUUCAGUACAAAGAAAUUAUAAAAAAUUCCCUUGAAGAAUUAAUUUCUGGCUCUCAAGAAGUCCAGGAACAAGCUGAGAAGAUCUUGGACACUGAAAAUCUGUUUGAAGCACAGCAAUUACUUCUUCAUCACCAGCAAAAGACGAAGAUGAUCUCAGCCAAGAAGAGGGACCUUCAGCAGCAGAUGGCGCAGGCGCAGCAGACAGAAGGUGGGCUGGCUGGCCCUGGCCGGGAGGAGCUGCGGAAGCUAGAGAGCACCCUGGCCAGUGUGGAGCAGGGCAGGGAGAGGCAGGAACGCCGCAUCCAGGUCACCUUAAGGAAAUGGGAGAGAUUUGAGACAAACAAAGAGACAGUGGUCAGAUACCUUUUUCAAACUGGUUCCAGCCAUGAACGCUUCCUGAGUUUUAGCAGUUUGGAAAGCUUAUCUUCAGAACUGGAACAGACAAAGGAAUUUUCUAAGCGGACAGAAGGUAUUGCAAUCCAGGCUGAGAACCUGGCUAAGGAAGCUUCAGAGAUACCACUGGGGCCCAAGAAUAAGCAAUUGCUUCAGCAACAGGCURCGUCAAUCAAAGAGCAGGUCAAAAAACUAGAAGACACGCUUGAAGAAGAUAUUAAAACCAUGGAAAUGGUGAAAAACAAGUGGGAUCAUUUUGGCAGUAAUUUUGAGAACCUGUCCGUCUGGAUAACUGAAAAAGAGAAAGAACUCAAUGCCUUGGAAACUUCAUCCUCUGCCAUGGACAUGCAGAUCAGCCAAAUUAAGGUGACAAUCCAGGAGAUUGAGAGUCAGAUCAGCAGCAUUACAGGGUUAGAAGAAGCAGCUCAGUCUUUUGCUCAGUUUAUUACCACUGGGGAAUCUGCUCGAAUCAAAGCCAAGUUGACACAGAUAAGAAGAUACUGGGAAGAGCUCCGAGAGCAUGCUCAGUGCCUUGAAGGAACAGUCCUGGGGCAUUUGUCUCAGCAGCAAAAGUUUGAAGACAGUCUUCAAAAGAUCCAGCAGUCUGUGUCUGAAUUUGAASACAAACUUAAUGAUCCAGUUAAAAUAUGCUCUUCGGCUACAGAAACAUACAGAGUUCUCCAAGAACAUAUGGACCUCUGUCAGGCCCUGGAGUCCCUGAGCAGCACAGUGACUGCCCUCUCUGCCAGUGCCCGGAAGGUGGUGCACAGAGAAUCCUGCCUGCAGGAAGCGGCUGCUCUACAGCAGCGGUAUGAGGGGACCCUUGGGAAGGCUAAGGAGAGACAGACUGCGCUGGAGGACCUUCUGGCCCACUGGCAGAGGCUCGAGAAAGAACUGUCAUCCUUUUUGACCUGGUUAGAGCGAUGUGAAGCCAUGGCCAGUUCCCCAGAAAUGGGCAUGUCUGCAGACAGAGUCAAAGUGGAGGGUGAACUUCAGUUAAUACAGGCCCUACAGGGGGAAGUGGUGUCUCAGGCCUCCUCCUACAGCAGCCUCUUGCAGUUGAAGGAGUCACUCUUCUCAGUCGCCUCCAAGGAGGACGUAAAAAUGAUCAGACUACAUUUGGAGCAGCUGGACGAGAGGUGGAGAGACCUACCACAGAUAAUUGGGAAGAGGAUUAAUUUUCUUCAGUCCGUGGUUGCUGAACACCAGCAAUUUGAUGAGUUGCUGCUUUCUGUUUCUGUCUGGAUCAAAGCAUUUCUCAGUGAAUUACAAUCUACUUCUGAGAUAAGCAUCAUGGACCAUCAAGUAGCUUUUACUAGGCAGAAGGAUCAUGCAGCAGAAAUAGAGAAUAAAAAGGGAGAGCUGCAGAGUCUGCAGAGUCACUUGGCAAAGCUGGGGUCUCUGGGCCGCGCUGAGGACCUCCAUCUGCUCCAGGGCAAGGCGGAGGACUGCCUGCAGCUCUUCGAGGAGGCCAAUCAGGUGGUAGAGAGGAGGCAGCUUGCCCUGUCCCAGCUGGCAGAGUUCCUGCAGACUCACGCCUCUCUGUCCGGGGUUCUCCACCAGCUGAGGCAAACGGUGGAAGCAACCAACAGCAUGAACAAGAAGCAGUCUGACUUGUUGGAGAAGGACCUCAGCGACGCCAUUCAGGACGUUAAAGCGUUGGAAUCCACUGCCAUCGGUCUCGAUGGCCUUCUUACCAAAGCCCAGUACCAUCUGAAAAGUGGGAGCGGGGAGCAAAGGACGUCCUGCAGAGCCACGGCUGAUCAGCUCUGUGCAGAAUUGGAGAGGAUCCAGAACCUGCUGGGGACCAAGCAGAGUGAGGCGGAUGCGCUUGCAGUGUUGAAGAAAGCGUUUGAAGACCAGAGAGAGGAGCUGCUGAAAAGCAUUGAGGACAUCGAGGAGAGGGCUGACAAGGAAGGCCUGAAGGAGCCCACCCGCCAAGCUCUUCAGCAGAGGUUGAGAGUGUUCAAUCAGUUAGAAGAUGAAUUGAAUUCUCAUGAACAUGAGCUAUGCUGGUUGAAAGACAAAGCUAAACAAAUCGCCCAGAAAGAUGUAGCUUUUGCACCUGAAGUCGACAGAGAGAUAAACCGCUUAGAAGUCACCUGGGAUGAUACCAAAAAGCUAAUUCAUGAAAACCAGGGUCAGUGCUGUGGACUUAUUGAUUUGAUGAGAGAGUAUCAGAACUUGAAGUCAACUGUGUCUCAGGUCCUAGAAAGUGCCAGCAGUGUCAUUGUGACCAGAACUACCAUUAAAGAUCAAGAGGACCUUAAAUGGGCUGUUUCUAAGCAUGAAUCUGCCAAGAAUGAAAUGAAUUGUAAGCAGAAAGAAUUGGACAAUUUUACCAGUAAAGGCAAACACUUGUUAUCUGAACUGAAAAAAGUCCACAGUAGUGAUUUCGCCUUGGUGAAAACUGACAUGGAAGGAACCGUGGACAAGUGGCUGGAUGUAUCAGAGAAAAUUGAAGAAAGCAUAGAUAGGCUGAGGGGCGGCCUGUCCAUUUGGGAGGAUGUACUUUCAAGUAAAGAUGAGAUCGAGGGGUGGUCCAAUAAUUCUCUUCCACAGCUGGCUGAAAAUAUCAACAACCUGAACAACAGCCACAAAGCUGAAGAAUUUCUUAGAGAAUUUGAGUCUGAAGUUAAAAACAAAGCACUGAAAUUGGAAGAACUGCAUUCCAAAGUUAAUGCACUCAAAGAAUUAACUAAAAAUCCGGAAACACCACCAGACCUUCAGUUUAUAGAAGCAGACUUAAGGCAGAAACUGGAGCAUGCCAAAGAAAUAACCGAAGAAGCCAAAGGAACCUUGAAGGAUUUCACUGCUCAAAGUACACAAGUGGAGAAGUUUAUCGACGACAUCACAGCGUGGCUGGCAAGAGUGGAGGAGUCGCUGAGGAGCUGCACCCAAGUGGAGACUUGUGAAGGGCUGAGGAAAGUGAAGGAUAUACAAAAAGAGCUUCAAAGUCAGCAGAGCAACAUCAGCUCUACCCAGGAAAACCUCAAUAGCUUGUGCCGCAAGUACCACUCGGUGGAGCUGGAGAGCCUGGGCCGGGCCAUGACAGGGCUGAUAAAGAAGCAGGAAGCUGCCAACCAGUUGUGCUCCAAGACCCAGGCCAGCCUGCAGGAUUCCCUGGAAAAGCAUUUCAAUGAUUCUAUGCGGGAAUUCCAAGAAUGGUUUUUGGGAGCAAAAGCAGCAGCCAAGGAAUCAUCUGAUAGGACUGGCGACAGCAAAGUCCUGGAGGCAAAGCUCCAGGACCUUCAGAAUAUCUUGGACUCAGUCAGUGAUGGGCAGAGCAAGCUUGAUGCCGUAACUCAAGAAGGACAAAUUCUGUAUGCAUAUUUGCCUAAGCAAAUUGUCAGCAGCAUCCAGGAGCAAAUCACGAAGGCUAAUGAAGAGUUUCAAGCAUUUCUGAAGCAAUGUCUGAAGGACAAACAGGCUCUACAAGACUGUGCUUCAGAGUUGGGAAGCUUUGAGGAUCAGCACAGAAAACUGAACUUAUGGAUCCAUGAGAUGGAAGAAAGAUUCAACACUGAAAACUUGGGAGAGAGUAAACAACACAUUCCUGAGAAGAAAAAUGAAGUUCAUAAAGUUGAAAUGUUUCUCGGGGAACUACUAGCUGCGAGAGACUCUCUGGAUAAGCUUUCCCAGAGAGGGCAGCUUCUCAGCGAGGAGGGCCACGGUGCUGGGAAAGAAGGCCGCCUCUGCUCCCAGCUCCUCACCAGCUACCAGAACCUGCUCAGGAUGACCAAGGAGAGACAUCGGAACUGCCAGCUGGCCCUGCAGGAGCAUGAAGCUCUGGAGGCAGCCCUGCAGAGUAUGUGGUCCCGGGUGACAGACGUUCGAGACAGACUCGCCUGUGCCCAGAGCACUGUCGGGAGCAAAGCGACCUUGGAGAAACGACUGUCACAGAUACAGGACAUUCUCCUGAUGAAAGGGGAAGGGGAAGUUAAGUUGAAUAUGGCCAUUGGCAAAGGAGAACAGGCCUUGAGAAGUAGCAACAGAGAAGGUCAGAAGGCCAUUCAGACCCAGCUGGAGACCCUGAAGAAYGUGUGGGCUGACAUCAUGAGCUCCUCUGUCCAUGCUCAGAGCACUCUGGAGUCUGUGGUUAGCCAAUGGAAUGACUAUCUAGAGAAGAAAAGCCAGUUGGAGCAGUGGAUGGAAUCCAUGGAUCAAAAAGUAGAACAGCCCUUACAGCUGCAGCCAGGGCUGAAAGAGAAAUUCUCUCUGCUGGACCACUUCCAGUCCAUUGUGUCGGAGGCGGAAGAUCAUGCCGGAGCGCUACACCACCUGGCCGCCAAGUCCAGAGAGCUCUACGAGAAGACACAGGAUGAGUCUUUCAAGGAGACAGCUCACAAGGAGCUGAAGACACAGUUCCAUGACAUAACCACUGUGGCCAAGGAAAAAUUGAGGAAAGUGGAAGAGAUUGUGAAAGACCAUCUCAUGUACUUGGAUGCCGUCCAGGAGUUCACCGAUUGGCUCCACUCGGCAAAGGAAGAACUUCACCGGUGGUCAGACAUGUCUGGGGACUCAUCAGCCACCCAGAAAAAGUUAUCAAAAAUUAAGGAGCUGAUAGAUUCCAGAGAGAUUGGUGCAGGCCGCCUGAGCAGAGUGGAGUCGCUGGCCCCUGAAGUGAAACAGAACACAGCUGCCAGUGGGUGUGAGCUCAUGCAGACGGAGAUGCAGGCCCUGCGCGCCGACUGGAAGCAGUGGGAAGACAGUGUGCUCCAAACGCGGGGCAGCCUGGAGGACCUGGUCAGUCAAAUGGCCCUUUCGGAGCAGGAGUUCUCAGGCCAGGUGGCCCAACUGGAGCAGGCCCUGGAGCAGUUCGGUGCCCUUCUGAAAACCUGGGCUGAGCAGUUAGCCCUCCUGGAAGGCAAGAACACGGACAAGGAGAUAGUGGAAUCCUGGCACAAAGGACAAGAAAUCCUAGAUGCUCUACAAAAAGCAGAGCCCACAACCGAGGAUCUCAAGUCUCAGCUCAAUGAACUUUGUCGAUUUUCCAGAGACCUGAGUACUUACAGUGGGAAAGUUUCUGGCUUGAUUAAAGAAUAUAACUGUCUUUGUUUGCAAGCAUCCAAGGGCUGCCAGAAUAAAGAACAGAUUUUGCAGCAAAGGUUUAGAAAAGCCUUCCGGGAUUUCCAGCAGUGGUUGGUUAAUGCAAAGGUCACUACCGCCAAAUGUUUUGAUAUACCUCAGAAUAUUAGUGAAGUGACGACAAGUCUUCAGAAAAUACAGGAGUUUUCGUCAGAAAGUGAAAAUGGGCAGCAUAAGCUGAACACAAUGCUAUCGAAGGGAGAACUUCUGAGUGCUCUGCUGACCAAAGAGAAAGCAAAAAGUGUCCAGGCCAAGGUUGAAACUGCAAAAGAAGAUUGGAAGAGCUUUCAUUCAAACCUCCACCAAAAGGAAUCUGCCCUGGAGAAUCUAAAGAUCCAAAUGAAAGACUUUGAGGUAAGCGCAGAACCUGUGCAAACCUGGCUGAGUAAGACUGAGAAGCUGGUCCAGGAAAGCAGCAGCCGCCUCUACGAUCUGCCAGCCAAGAGGAGGGAGCAGCAGAAGCUCCAGUCUGUCCUUGAGGAAAUUCACUGCUACGAGCCUCAGCUCAACAGGCUGAAAGAGAAAGCUCAGCAGCUGUGGGAAGGACAAGCUGCCAGCAGGAGCUUUAUGCACAGAGUGUCGCAGCUGUCUUCUCAGUAUCUAGCGCUAAGCAAUCUAACCAAGGAGAAAGUGUCGAGACUGGACAGAAUCGUUGCAGAGCACAAUCAGUUCUCCCUCGGGGUUAAAGAGUUGCAAGACUGGAUGACAGACACCGUUCACAUGCUGGAUUCUUACUGUCACCCAACAUCCGACAAAAGCGUGUUGGACAGCAGGAUGCUCAAGCUUGAGGCUCUGCUAUCAGUGAAACAGGAAAAAGAGAUUCAGAUGAAAAUGAUAGUGACCAGGGGGGAAUAUGUCCUGCAGAACACUUCUCCAGAAGGCRUUCCUGCCAUCCAGCAGCAGCUGCAGGCUGUGAAGGAGAGGUGGGCAUCCCUCUUGUCUGCAGCCAUUCGUUGUAAAAGUCAGCUUGAAGGAGCUCUUUCUAAAUGGACAAGCUAUCAGGACGACGUCCGGCAGUUUUCCAGCUGGAUGGACGGUGUGGAAGCCAGCCUCAAUGAGUCUGAAAGGCAGUGUGCGGAGCUGCGGGAGAAGGUGACUGCGCUCGGCAAAGCCAAGUUGUUAAAUGAAGAAGUAUUGAGUCAUAGCAGCCUGCUGGAGACCAUUGAAGUCAAAGGCGCAGGCAUGACAGAGCACUAUGUCACCCAGUUAGAACUCCAGGAUCUGCAGGAACGAUACCAAACRAUCAAAGAGAGAGCCAAGGAAGUGGUUACCAAAUCUGAAAAACUGGUUCGUCUGCACCAAGAGUAUCAGAGAGACCUMCAGGCCUUUCAGGUGUGGCUGGGACAAGAACAAGAAAAGCUAGACGGAUACUCAGUUCUAGAGGGUGAUGCGCACACCCAUGAGACAACCUUGCGGGACCUUCAGGAACUGCAGGUGCACUGUGCAGAGGGACAGGCACUGCUCAAUUCAGUGCUGCACACCAGAGAGGACGUGAUCCCAUCAGGCAUCCCCCAGGCAGAGGACCGGGCGCUCGAGUCGCUCCGGCAGGACUGGCAGGCUUACCAGCACAGACUGUCUGAGACCCGGAUGCAGCUCAACAACGUAGUGAACAAGCUGAGGCUGAUGGAGCAGAAGUUCCAGCAAGUUGAUGAAUGGCUAAAAAAAAUGGAGGAGAAAGUGAGUCUCAGGACUGGACGUCAGUCUAACCGAGCCACCAAGGAAUUACAGUUACAUCAGUUGAAGAAGUGGCAUGAUGAAGUGGUGGGGCACAGAGAUGAGGUGGAGGAAGUGGGCGCCAGAGCACAGGAGAUCCUGGACGAGAGCCAUGUGAACAGCAGGAUGGGCUGCCAGGCCACACAGCUGACCUCCCRAUACCAGGCCCUGCUCCUCCAAGUCCUGGAACAAAUAAACUUCCUGGAAGAAGAAAUCCAGAGUUUGGAGGAAUCAGAAUUCUCUCUCAGUUCCUAUUCCGAUUGGUAUGGCUCUACUCAUAAAAACUUCAAGAAUGUGGCAACUAAAAUUGAUAAAGUAGAUAAAGCCAUGAUGGGGAAGAAGUUGAAGACCUUGGAGGUUUUGUUAAAAGACAUGGAGAAAGGCCACAGUUUGCUAAAAUCAGCCAGAGAGAAAGGUGAGAGGGCUGCUAAGUAUCUGGAGAAUGGUGACGCAGAGACAUUAAGAAGAGAGAUCCAUGACCACGUGGAGCAACUGAAGGAACUGACCAGCACUGUUCGGAAAGAGCACAUGACCCUGGAGAAAGGUCUUCACUUAGCAAAGGAAUUCUCAGAUAAAUGUAAAGCCCUGGCCCGGUGGACCGCAGAAUACCAGGAAGUCCUAYGUGUUCCUCAGGAGCCCAAAAUGGAACUAUAUGAGAAAAAAGCUCAGCUAUCCAAAUACAAGUCCCUACAGCAAAUGGUGCUGUCCCAUGAACCAUCAGUCAACUCGGUGAGAGAGAAAGGUGAAGCUCUUCUGGAACUGGUACAUGAUGKUACUUUAAAGGACAAAAUAGAUAAACUUCAAGGUGAUUACCAGGACCUCUGCAGCAUGGGAAAGGAGCAUGUACUCAGUCUGGAGGCGAAAGUCAAAGACCAUGAAGACUACAACAGUGAGCUCCAAGAGGUAGAAAAGUGGCUGCUGCAGAUGUCUGGCAGGUUGGUGGCACCUGACCUUCUGGAGACCAGCAGCCUGGAGAUGAUUACCCAGCAACUGGCCCACCACAAGGCAAUGAUGGAAGAAAUUGCUGGUUUCGAAGAACGUUUAGACAACCUUAAAAUUAAAGGCGAUACUUUGAUCAGCCAAUGUGCAGACCAUCUUCAAGCAAAGCUGAAACAGAAUGUGCGUGCUCACCUGCAGGGCACAAGGGAUAGCUACUCAGCAAUCUGCAGCACAGCCCAGAGGGUGUACCAGAGUUUGGAACAUGAACUUCAGAAGCAUGUCAGCCGGCAAGACACUCUGCAGCAAUGCCAGGCCUGGCUUUCUGCAGUCCAGCCAGACUUAAAACCCAGCCCRCAGCCACCUCUUAGCAGGACCGAAGCCGUUAAGCAGGUCAAACACUUCAGAGCUUUGCAAGAGCAGGCGAGGACCUACUUGGAUCUCCUUUGCUCCAUGUGUGACUUGUCCAACUCUUCAGUGAAAACCACAGCAAAAGACAUUCAACAAACAGAGCAAAUGAUUGAGCAAAGACUGGUCCAGGCACAGAACUUAACUCAGGGCUGGGAAGAAAUCAAGCACCUGAAAGCUGAGCUCUGGAUUUAUCUUCAGGAUGCUGAUCAGCAACUGCAGAAUAUGAAGAGAAGGCACUCUGAGCUGGAGCUCAAUAUUGCACAGAACAUGGUUUCCCAAGUAAAGGAUUUCAUGAAGCAACUGCAGUGCAAAGAGGCAUCAGUGGGUGCCAUCUUGGACAAGGUGAAUAACUUAACAAAGAACCAGGAGUCUCCAGAACACAAAGAAGUCAGCCACCUGAAUGAUCAGUGGCUGGAUCUGUGCCUUCAGUCUGACAAGCUUUGCACGCAGAGGGAACAGGACCUUCAGCGGACAAGAGAUUACCACGACCGUAUGAAUGUUGUUGAAGCCUUCUUAGAAAAGUUUACCACGGAAUGGGAUAGCUUGGCCAGAUCUGACGCCGAGAGUACGGCUGUCCACCUGGAAGCUCUGAACAAGCUGGCAUUGGCAUUGCAGGAGAGAAAACACACCAUCGAGGACCUCAAAGAGCAAAAAAAGAAGAUGAUAGAGCAUCUGAACUUAGAUGACAAAGAACUGGUCAAAGAACAGACGAGUCACUUUGAACAGCGCUGGUUUCAGCUCGAGGACCUUGUUAAGAGGAAAAUCCAAGUGUCUGUCACCAACUUGGAGGAGCUGAACGUGGUGCAGUCUCGAUUCCAGGAGCUAAUGGAGUGGGCAGAAGAGCAGCAGCCCAACAUUGCUGAGGCCCUGAAGCAGAGCCCCCCUCCCGACAUGGCUCAGAACCUCCUCAUGGAUCACCUGGCCAUCUGCAGCGAGCUGGAGGCCAAACAGAUGCUCCUGAAAUCGCUCACCAAGGACGCCGACCGGGUGAUGGCUGAUCUUGGCCUCAACGAGCGGAAGGUGAUCCAGAAGGCACUUUCGGAUGCACAGAAACACGUGAAUUGUCUGAGCGACCUAGUAGGCCAGCGAAGAAAGUACUUGAACAAGGCCUUGUCUGAGAAAACCCAGUUUCUCAUGGCAGUGUUCCAGGCCACCAGCCAAAUUCAGCAACACGAGCGGAAGAUCAUGUUCCGUGAACACAUCUGCCUGUUACCGGAUGACGUGAGCAAACAAGUGAAAACAUGCAAGAGCGCACAAGCCAGCCUCAAAACCUACCAGAACGAAGUCACUGGACUUUGGGCCCAGGGUCGCGAAUUAAUGAAAGGAGUCACAGAGCAGGAAAAGGGCGAGGUACUGGGUAAGCUCCAGGAAUUGCAGAGUGUCUAUGACAAUGUUUUGCAAAAAUGUGGUCAUCGGUUACAAGAACUGGAGAAGAAUUUAGUUUCAAGGAAGCAUUUUAAGGAGGAUUUUGAUAAAGCUUGUCACUGGCUAAAACAAGCAGAUAUUGUUACAUUUCCUGAAAUCAAUCUCAUGAACGAGAGCACAGAGCUUCAUUCACAACUGGACAAAUACCAACAUAUUCUUGAACAAUCUCCCGAAUAUGAAAAUCUUCUACUUAUACUCCAGAGAACCGGGCAGGCCAUGUUACCAUCGCUGAAUGAAGUCGAUCAUUCCUACCUGAGCGAAAAGCUUCAUGCUCUGCCCCAACAAUUUAACGUCAUCGUUGCCUUGGCUAAAGACAAGUUCUAUAAAGUCCAAGAAGCAAUUCUGGCUCGGAAAGAAUACGCUUCCCUGAUAGAGUUGACCGCCCAGUCUCUGAGUGAGCUGGAAGAUCAGUUCUUGAAGAUGAGGAAAGUUCCCACCAACCUGGCCUCUGAAGAGUGUCUGUCUCUUCAGGAGGGCUGCAAAGUCCUGCUGGGCGAGGUGGCAGGCCUUGGGGAGGCGCUGGAUGAACUGAACCAGAAGAAAGAGAGUUUCCGUAGCACAGGUCAGCCCUGGCAGCCAGACAAGAUGCUGGACCUGGUGGCCGUGUAUCACAGGCUGAAGCGACAAACAGAACAGAGGGUCAGCUUAUUGGAAGACGCCACGAGCGCUUACCAAGAACACGAAAAGAUGUGCCAACAGCUGGAGAGACAGCUGCAGGCUGUGAAAACAGAGCAGACCAAAGUGAAUGAGGAGACGUUGCCUGCAGAGGAGAAGCUCAAAACGUACCACUCGUUGGCAGGAAGCCUGCAGGACUCAGGGAUCCUGCUGAAGCGAGUGGCCUUGCAUCUGGAGGACCUGGUUCCACAGCUGGAUCCCUUGGCCUAUGAGAGAGCCAAGCAGCAGAUCCAGUCGUGGCAAGAGGAGCUGAAACUCCUGACCACUGGCAUUGGUGAAACGGUGGCAGAGUGUGAGAGCCGAAUGGUGCAGAGCAUCGACUUUCAGACAGAGAUGAGCCGCUCCCUGGACUGGCUGCGCAGGGUGAAGGCCGAGCUCACUGGGCCCGUGUGCCUGGACCUCAGCCUCCAGGACAUCCAGGAGGAAAUCCGAAAGAUCCAGAUCCACCAGGAAGAGGUGCAGUCCAGCCUGAGAAUCAUGAGGGCCCUGAGUAGCAAGGAGAAGGAGAAGUUCACCAAGGCCAAGGAACUGAUCACAGCUGACCUGGAGCACACCCUGGCGGAGCUCGCGGAGCUGGACGGAGACGUACAGGAAGCCCUGCGCACCCGGCAGGCUACCUUGACUGAAAUAUACAGUCAGUGUCAAAGGUAUUAUCAAGUAUUCCAAGCAGCUAAUGACUGGCUUGAGGAUGCCCAAGAAAUGUUACAGCUGGUAGGCAAUGGCUUAGAUGUGGAGAGCGCAGAGGAGAAUCUCAAGAGCCACCUGGAGUUUUUCAGCACAGAGGAUCAAUUCCACAGUAAUCUGGAGGAGCUCCAAGGCCUGGUGGCCAAGCUGGACCCACUGAUCCAGCCCACUGGCAAAGAAGAUCUGGCACAGAAGAUGGCUUCCCUGGAGGAGAGGAGCCAGAGGACCAUCCAGGGCUCACAUGCCCAGUUAGACCUCUUGCAGAGAUGUACAGUUCAAUGGCAAGAUUAUCAGAAAACAAAGGAAGAGGUUAUUGAAUUGAUGAAUGAUGCAGAAAAGAAAUUGUCUGGGUUUUCUUUGUUGAAGACUUCUUCCAGUCAUGCAGCAGAAGAAAAACUGUCGGAACACAAGGCUUUAAAGUCAGAAGUUAACUCUUUCCGGGAGAAAAUUGUGGCCCUAGAGGAGAAAGCAUCCCAACUGGAGAAAAUUGGAAAUGAGGCAAGCAAGGCCACCCUGAGCAGGUCAAUGACCACUGUCUGGCAGCGGUGGACCCGCCUUCGUGCUGUGGCCCAGGAYCAGGAGAAGAUUCUGGAAGAUGCAGUGGAGGAGUGGAGGGGCUUGAAUGAUAAGGUUAAGAAAGCCACUGAAAUGAUUGAUCAGCUGCAAGAUAAAAUGCCUGGAAGUUCAGCAGAGAAAGUUUCAAAAGCAGAACUCUUGGCCCUUCUCGAACACCAUGAUACAUGUGCACUGGAGUUGGAACAGCAGCAGCUGGCCUUGGGCACACUACAGCAGCGGGCACUGAGCAUGCUCCAGGACGUAGCCAUCCCCAGCCCUGGAGAAGAGCCACCCAUCCUGCAAGAGAUCACAGCAAUGCAAGAUCGGUGCCUCAGCAUGCAGGAGAAAGUGAAGAAUAACGGAAAACUGGUAAAGCAGGAGCUGCAGGAUAGAGAUGCAGUGGAAACUCAAAUAAAUUCUGUGAAAUCCUGGGUUCAAGAAACGAAAGAAUAUUUAGGGAAUCCAACAAUAGAAGUUGAUGCUCAGCUGGAAGAACUGCAGACCCUCUUGACAGAAGCCACAAAUCACAGGCAGAAUAUUGAGAAAAUGGCUGAAGAACAGAAGGAGAAGUACUUGGGUCUUUACACAAUCCUGCCUUCUGAAAUCUCUCUGCAGUUAGCUGAAGUCGCACUGGACCUAAAGAUCUAUGAGCAGAUCCAAAACAAAGUGAAAGAAGUUGAACAGAGUAAGGCCAUGAGCCAGGAAUAUGGCCGGCAAAUUCAGAAGAUAGCCAAGGAUCUCACAACUAUUCUAACGAAGYUGAAAGCAAAAACUGAAAAUUUAGCUCAAGCUAAAGCUGACCAAAAGGUGCUGGGAGAGGAACUGGAUGGCUGUAAUUUGAAGUUAGUUGAAUUAGAUGCAGCAGUACAGAAGUUCUCGGAACAGAACAGCCAACUGGGCAAGCCAUUGGUCAACAAGAUAGGAAAGCUGACUGACCUCCACCAGCAGACCCUCAGGCAGGCUGAAARUCGGUUCUCCAAGCUCAACCAGGCCGCAUCACAUUUAGAAGAAUACAAUGAAAUGCUUGAAUUAAUUUUGAAAUGGAUUGAGAAAGCUAAAGACUUGGUACAUGGAAAUAUUGCAUGGAAUUCUGCAAGUCAGCUUCGGGAACAGUACAUUUUGCAUCAGACCCUGCUAGAAGAGUCUGAAGAAAUUUACACUGAUCUGGAAGCAAUGACGGAAAAAUUGCAGUACCUCUCUAGUGUAUACUGUACAGAAAAGAUGUCUCAGCAAGUGGUGGAACUGGGACGGGAGACUGAGGAGUUGCGGCAGAUGAUCAAAAUUCGAAUGCAGAACCUCCAAGAUGCAGCCAAGGAUAUGAAAAAAUUUGAAGCAGAGCUGAAAAACUUACAAGCCGCUUUGGAACAAGCCCAGACCACCCUAACUUCUCCAGAAGUUGGGCGUUUGAGUCUCAAGGAACAACUGUCUCAUCGACAGCAUUUGCUGUCUGAGAUGGAGUCACUAAAACCGAAGGUGCAAGCUGUGCAGCUCUGCCAGAGCGCUCUCCGGAUCCCCGAGGACGUGGUGGCCAGCCUACCGCUCUGCCAAGCUGCUCUGCGCUUGCAGGAGGAGGCGAGCCGGCUGCAGCACACAGCCAUCCAGCAGUGCAACAUCAUGCAGGAGGCUGUUGUGCAGUAUGAGCAAUAUGAGCAAGAAAUGAAGCAUCUCCAGCAACUGAUAGAAGAAGCGCACGGAGAGAUUGAGGACAAACCCGUGGCCACCAGCAACAUCCAGGAGCUGCAAGCCCAGAUUUCUCAGCAUGAGGAGCUGGCGCAGAAAAUCAAGGGCUACCAGGAGCAGAUCGCCUCGUUGAAUUCCAAGUGCAAGAUGCUGACGAUGAAAGCCAAGCACGCCACCAUGCUGCUGACGGUGACCGAGGUGGAGGGGCUGGCGGAAGGCACCGAGGACCUGGACRGGGAGCUCCUCCCCGCCUCUUCGACCCACCCCUCUGUGGUCAUGAUGACUGCAGGUCGCUGUCACACUUUGCUGUCACCUGUCACUGAGGAGUCUGGGGAGGAGGGAACCAACAGUGAGAUUUCCUCUCCACCUGCCUGUCGCUCCCCUUCACCUGUGGCUAAUACAGAUGCUUCUGUUAACCAGGACAUUGCUUAUUACCAAGCCUUGUCGGCUGAGCGGCUACAAACAGAUGCUGCGAGGAUUCACCCCAGCACAGCGGCCUCCCAGGAGUUCUAUGAACCAGGACUGGAGCCCUCUGCUACUGCCAAACUGGGUGAUUUGCAGCGUUCUUGGGAAACCUUAAAAAACGUGAUCAGUGAAAAGCAGCGCACCCUCUAUGAAGCUUUGGAACGGCAGCAAAAGUACCAGGACUCCCUCCAGUCCAUCUCAACCAAAAUGGAGGCCAUCGAGAUGAAGCUUGGCGAGAGUCUCAAGCCCAGCAAGAGCCCAGAAAGCCAGAUGGCCGAACAUCAGGCCCUGAUGGACGAGAUCCUCAUGCUCCAGGAUGAAAUCAAUGCGCUGCAGUCAGCUCUGGCGGACGAGCUGGUGUCUGAGUCUCGGGAGUGUGACCCCGCAGAGCAGCUGGCCUUGCAGUCCACGCUCACCGUCCUGGCCGAGAGAAUGUCCACCAUCAGGAUGAAAGCGGCUGGGAAGCGGCAGCUCCUGGAGGAGAAGUUAAAUGAUCAGCUGGAGGAACAGAGGCAGGAGCAGGCCCUGCARAGGUAUCGCUACGAAGCAGACGAGUUGGACCACUGGCUCCUGAAUACUAAAGCCACCCUGGAUGUUGCACUGGGUUCACCUAAAGAGCCCAUGGACAUGGAGGCCCAGCUGGUGGAYUGCCAGAAUAUGCUGGUGGAAAUAGAGCAGAAGGUGGUGGCCUUAUCGGAACUGUCCGUCCACAAUGAAAACCUGCUGCUGGAGGGCAAGGCUCACACCAAGGAUGAGGCUGAGCAGCUGGCGGUGAAGCUGAGGACCCUCAAGGGGAGCCUCCUGGAGCUGCAGAGAGCCCUGCACGACAAGCAGCUCAACAUCCAGCAGGGAGCUGCCCAAGAGAAGGAGGACAGCGAUGUUGACCUCACGGCCACUCAGAGCCCCGGUGUGCAGGAAUGGCUGGCUCAAGCUCGAACCACAAGGACCCACCAGAGGCAGAACAGUCUCCAGCAACAGAAAGAGCUGGAACAAGAAUUAGCUGAACAGAAGAGCCUCCUGCGCUCAGUAGCCAGUCGUGGAGAGGAGAUCCUGACCCAGCACUCAGCCUCAGAGGCCUCCGGUGGCCUUGGCGAAAAACCUGAUGUGUUAUCCCAGGAGUUGGGGAUGGAAGGGGAGAAAUCAUCUGCGGAAGACCAGAUGAGAAUGAAAUGGGAAAGCCUGCACCAAGAAUUUAGUACCAAGCAGAAACUACUACAGAAUGUUCUGGAACAGGAACAAGAGCAAGUGCUUUACAGCAGGUCAAAUCGACUCCUGUCUGGCGUGCCACUGUACAGAGGGGAUGGGCAGGCGCAAGACAAAUCCGCAGUGACGUCUUUGCUGGAUGGACUGAACCAGGCCUUCCAGGAGGUUUCGUCCCAGGGUGGAGGAGCCAAGAGGCAGAACGUGCACCUGGAGCAAAAGCUGUACGAUGGAGUCUCAGCCACCUCCACCUGGCUAGAUGAYGUUGAGGAGCGUUUGUUUGUCGCCACCGCACUUCUGCCCGAAGAAACAGAGACGUGUCUCUUCAACCAAGAGGCCCUUGCCAAAGACAUCAAGGAAAUGUCUGAAGAAAUGGAUAAGAAUAAGAACUUGUUUUCCCAAACUUUUCCUGAGAAUGGCGAUAACCGGGAUGUCAUUGAAGAUACUUUGGGGUGUCUUUUGGGCAGAUUGUCCUUACUAGACACAGUAGUGAAUCAGCGAUGUCAUCASAUGAAGGAAAGACUUCAGCAAAUACUAAAUUUCCAGAAUGACCUGAAGGUGCUGUUUACAUCAUUGGCUGACAAUAAAUACAUCAUUCUGCAGAAACUGGCAAAUGUGUUUGAACAGCCUGUAGCAGAACAAAUAGAGGCAAUACAACAGGCGGAAGAGGGACUAAAGGAACUGGAUGCAGGAAUCACUGAAUUAAAAAGGCGUGGUGACAAAUUGCAGAUGGAGCAGGCUUCCCUGCAAGAACUCUCCAAGCUCCAGGACAUGUAUGAUGAGCUGAUGAUGACCAUUGGCUCUCGGAAGAGUGGUCUGAACCAAAAUCUUGCUCUCAAGAGCCAGUAUGAAAGGGCCUUGCAAGAUCUGGCUGACCUGCUAGAAACCGGACGAGAGAAGAUGGCAGGUGACCAGAAAAUCACUGUGUCUUCCAAAGAGGAAAUCCAACAACUGCUCCACAAACAUAAGGAGUACUUUCAGGGCCUGGAAUCUCACAUGAUCUUGACAGAAACACUCUUCAGAAAGAUCAUCAGCUUUGCAGUCCCAAAAGAAACCCAGUUCCACACAGAGCUGAUGGCUCAGGCAUCCGCUGUCCUGAAGGGGGCUCACAAGAGAGGCGUGGAGCUGGAGUACAUUCUAGAGACAUGGUCCCAUCUGGACGAGGACCGCCAAGCACUCAGCAGGCAGCUGGAGGUGGUGGAAAACAGCAUCCCGAGCGUGGGCCUGGUGGAGGAGAGCGAGGACAGGCUCACGGAACGCACAAGCCUCUACCAGCACUUAAAAUCCAGCCUUAAUGAAUACCAGCCUAAAUUAUAUCAAGUAUUAGAUGAUGGAAAACGACUUCUGAUAUCUAUCAGCUGCUCUGAUCUAGAAAGCCAACUAAAUCAACUUGGAGAGCGCUGGCUCAAUAAUACCAACAAAGUGUCUAAAGAACUUCACAGAUUGGAAACAAUUUUGAAACACUGGACCAGGUAUCAAAGUGAAUCUGCAGAUCUGAUUCGCUGGUUACAAUCUGCAAAAGACAGGCUAGCAUUUUGGAAUGAACAGUCUGUGACAGUCCCUCAAGAGCUGGAAAUGGUCCGUGAUCAUCUGAAUGCUUUCCUGGAGUUUUCUAAAGAAGUGGAUGCCAAAUCUUCCCUGAAAUCAUCUGUCCUAAGCACAGGAAAUCAGCUCCUUCGGUUAAAGAAGGUGGACACAGCUGCCCUUCGUACUGAGCUGUCUCACAUUGAUGGCCAGUGGACUGAACUGCUGACCAAUAUUCCAGCUAUACAAGAGAAGCUUCACCAGCUCCAAAUGGACAAGCUGCCUUCCCGCCAUGCCAUUUCUGAAGUCAUGGGUUGGAUUUCUCUGAUGGAAAGUGUUAUCCGAAAGGAUGAAGAGGACAUAAAAAAUGCCAUAGGUUACAAGGCAAUUCAUGAAUAUCUUCAAAAAUAUAAAGGUUUUAAGAUAGACAUAAACUGUAAACAGUUGACGGUYGAUUUUGUGAACCAGUCUGUACUACAAAUCAGCAGUCAGGAUGUGGAGAGCAAGCGCAGUGACAAGACUGAUUUUGCUGAGCAGCUGGGAGCAAUGAAUAAAAGCUGGCAAAUCCUGCAAGGUCUGGUAACUGAGAAGAUCCAGCUAUUGGAAGGCUUGCUGGAAUCUUGGUCAGAAUAUGAAAAUAAUGUGCAGUGUCUAAAAACUUGGUUCGAAACCCAGGAAAAGAAACUGAAACAGCAACAUCAAAUUGGAGAUCAGGCUUCCGUUCAGAACACACUGAAAGAUUGUCAGGAUCUAGAAGAUUUGAUUAAAGCAAAAGAAAAAGAAGUAGAGAAAAUUGAGCAGAAUGGACUUACUUUGAUUCAGAACAAAAAAGAAGAAGUCUCUGGCACUGUCAUGAGCACCCUGCGGGAGCUCAACCAAGCCUGGGCGAAUCUGGACCACAUGGUUGGGCAGUUAAAGAUACUGUUGAAGUCAGUUCUUGACCAAUGGAGCAAUCACAAAAUGGCCUUUGAUGAGAUAAACAGUUACCUUAUGGAAGCCAGAUAUUCUCUGUCCCGAUUCCGCCUGCUGACCGGCUCCUUAGAAGCUGUGCGAGUGCAGGUGGACAACCUUCAGAGUCUUCAUGAUGAUCUAGAAAAGCAGGAAAAGAGCUUACAAAAAUUUGGCUCUGUCACCAACCAACUGUUAAAAGAAUGUCACCCACCUGUGACAGAAACUCUCACCAAUACGUUGAAAGAAGUCAAUAUGAGAUGGAAUAACUUGUUGGAAGAGAUUGCUGAGCAGCUGCUCUCCAGCAAGGCCCUCCUUCAGCUCUGGCAGAGAUACAAGGACUACUCCAAACAGUGUGCCUCUACAGUCCAGCAGCAGGAGGACAGAACCAAUGAGUUAUUGAAGGCCGCCACCAACAAGGACAUCGCAGACGAGGAAGUGGCUACAUGGAUCCAGGAUUGUAAUGACCUUCUCAAAGGACUGGGGACAGUGAAGGAUUCCCUUUUUGUUCUCCAUGAGCUGGGAGAGCAGCUCAAGCAGCAAGUGGGUGCUUCAGCAGCCUCAGCCGUCCAGUCCGAUCAGCUCUCUUUGACUCAACACCUAGGUGCCCUGGAGCAGGCUCUUUGCAAACAGCAGACCGUGCUACAGGCUGGAGUAGUUGACUAUGAAACCUUUGCCAAGAGCUUAGACGCUCUGGAGGGCUGGAUGGUGGAAGCCCAGGAAAUACUGCAAGAGCAAGACCCCACCCACUCCUCUGACCUCUCCACCAUCCAGGAGAGGAUGGAAGAACUGAAGGGACAAAUGUUAAAAUUCAGCAGCAUGGCUCCAGAUUUAGACCGUCUAAAUGAACUGGGAUAUAGGCUACCGCUGAAUGAUAAGGAAAUCAAAAGGAUGCAAAAUCUGAACCGCCACUGGUCUCAGAACUCCUCUCAGACUACAGAAAGAUUCAGUAAGUUGCAGUCAUUUUUACUACAACAUCAGACUUUCUUGGAAAAAUGUGAAACAUGGAUGGAAUUCUUGGUCCAAACGGAACAAAAGUUAGCAGUAGAGAUUUCAGGCAACUAUCAGCAUCUAUUGGAACAGCAGAGAGCACAUGAGUUGUUUCAAGCCGAGAUGUUCAGCCGUCAGCAGAUUUUACACUCAAUCAUUAUUGAUGGGCAACGUCUUCUAGAACAAGGUCAAGUUGAUGACAGGGAUGAGUUCAACCUGAAGUUGACCCUCCUCAGUAAUCAGUGGCAGGGAGUGAUUCGCAGAGCCCAGCAGAGGCGGGGGAUCAUCGACAGCCAGAUUCGCCAGUGGCAACGCUACAGGGAGAUGGCAGAGAAGCUCCGUAAAUGGUUGGUGGAGGUGUCCUAUCUGCCCGUGAGUGGCCUUGGAAGCAUCCCCGUGCCACUGCAACAAGUCAGGACCCUCUUUGAUGAAGUGCAGUUCAAAGAAAAGGUGUUYCUGCGACAACAAGGGAGCUACAUCCUGACGGUGGAGGCUGGCAAGCAGCUCCUGCUGACUGCAGACAGCGCAGCCGAGGCCGCCUUGCAAGCUGAACUCACUGAAAUCCAAGAGAAAUGGAGAUUGGCCAGCAUGCACCUGGAGGAGCAGAAGAAAAAACUGGCUUUCUUGCUGAAAGACUGGGAAAAAUGUGAAAAAGGAAUUGCUGAUUCCUUGGAGAAACURCGAACAUUCAAAAAGAAGCUUUCCCAGCCUCUACCGGAUCAUCAUGAGGAGCUUCAUGCAGAGCAAAUGCGGUGCAAGGAAUUAGAAAGUGCCGUUGGGAGCUGGACGGAUGACUUGGCAGAACUGACAUUGCUGAGGGGCUCCCUGUCUGCCUACAUCAGUGCUGACGACAUCUCCAUUCUUAAUGAGCGCAUAGAGCUCCUGCAGAGGCAGUGGGAAGAACUGUGCCACCAGGUCUCCUUGAGGCGGCAGCAGGUAAACGAGAGACUGAAUGAAUGGGCGGUCUUCAGCGAAAAGAACAAGGAGCUCUGCGAGUGGCUGACUCAGAUGGAGAGCAAGGUWUCUCAGAACGGAGACAUCCUCAUCGAGGAAAUGAUCGAGAAGCUCAAGAAGGAUUAUCAAGAGGAAAUUGCUGUUGCCCAAGAGAACAAAAUACAGCUCCAGCAAAUGGGAGAACGACUUGCCAAAGCCAGCCAUGAAAGCAAAGCUUCAGAGAUUGAAUACAAGCUUGGAAAGGUCAACGACCGGUGGCAGCAUCUCCUGGAUCUCAUUGCAGCCAGGGUGAAGAAGCUGAAGGAGACUCUGGUGGCCGUACAGCAGCUUGAUAAGAACAUGAGCAGCCUGAGGACUUGGCUCGCUCACAUCGAGUCAGAGCUGGCCAAGCCCAUCGUCUAUGAUUCCUGUAACUCUGAAGAAAUACAGAGAAAACUUAAUGAGCAGCAGGAGCUUCAGAGAGACAUAGAGAAGCACAGUACUGGUGUUGCCUCCGUCCUUAACCUGUGUGAAGUCCUGUUGCAUGACUGUGAUGCUUGUGCCACCGAUGCCGAGUGUGACUCCAUCCAGCAGGCUACUCGAAACCUGGACCGGCGGUGGAGAAACAUCUGUGCUAUGUCCAUGGAAAGGAGGCUCAAAAUCGAAGAGACCUGGAGAUUGUGGCAGAAGUUUCUGGAUGACUAUUCUCGAUUUGAAGAUUGGCUGAAGAUUUCAGAAAGGACUGCAGCUUUCCCCAGCUCUUCUGGGGUGCUCUAUACAGUUGCUAAGGAAGAACUAAAGAAAUUUGAGGCUUUCCAGCGACAGGUCCAUGAGAGCCUGACCCAGCUGGAGCUGAUCAACAAGCAGUACCGUCGCCUGGCCAGGGAGAAUCGCACCGAUUCCGCAUGUAGCCUCAAACAGAUGGUGCACGAAGGCAACCAGAGAUGGGACAACCUGCAGAAGCGUGUCACCUCCAUCCUGCGCAGACUCAAGCAUUUCAUUAGCCAGCGCGAGGAGUUUGAGACUGCAAGGGACAGCAUUCUGGUCUGGCUAACAGAGAUGGAUCUACAACUCACUAAUAUUGAACAUUUUUCUGAGUGUGAUGUUCAAGCUAAAAUAAAGCAGCUCAAGGCCUUCCAGCAGGAAAUUUCACUAAACCACAACAAGAUUGAGCAGAUAAUUGCCCAAGGGGAGCAGCUGAUAGAAAAGAGCGAGCCCCUCGAUGCAGCAGUCAUCGAAGAGGAACUGGACGAACUCCGUCGCUACUGCCAGGAGGUCUUUGGGCGAGUGGAAAGAUACCACAAGAAGCUGAUCCGCCUGCCUCUGCCAGACGAUGAGCAUGACCUCUCUGACCGCGAGCUGGAGCUCGAUGACUCUGCUGCYCUCUCGGACCUGCGCUGGCAGGACCCCUCUGCGGACGCACUCUCCCCGCAGCCUUCCUCCAACCCCUCCCUCUCCCUUCCCCAGCCCCUCCGGAGCGAGCGGUCGGGAAGGGACACCCCGGCCAGCGUGGACUCCAUCCCCCUGGAGUGGGAUCAUGACUAUGACCUCAGUCGUGACCUGGAGUCUGCCGUGUCCAGGACUCUGCCCUCUGAGGAUGAAGAGGGUCAGGAAGACAAGGAAUUCUACCUCAGGGGAGCUGUUGGCUUAUCAGAUGUAGUGAUCCCUGAAAGCCCUGAGGCCUAUGUAAAACUCACAGAAAAUGCAAUCAGAGAUACCUCUGGAGAUCGCAGCGCCUUGGAGUCACAGAUCCGACAACUGGACAAAGCCCUGGAUGACAGCCGCUUCCAGAUGCAGCAAACUGAAAAUAUUCUUCGCAGCAGAACUCCCACAGGGCCAGAGCUGGACUCCAGCUACAAAGGCUAUAUGAAACUGCUGGGAGAAUGCAGUGGCAGCAUAGAUUCAGUGAGGAGAUUGGAGCACAAGCUGAAGGAGGAAGAAGACAGCUUUCCUGGCUUUGUCAACCUGAACAGCACCGAGACCCAGACAGCUGGUGUCAUUGACCGAUGGGAGCUGUUACAGGCCCAGGCCUUGAGCAAGGAGUUGAGAAUGAAGCAGAACCUCCAGAAGUGGCAGCAGUUCAACUCGGACCUGAACAACAUCUGGGCCUGGCUGGGGGAGACCGAGGAAGAACUGGAGCAGCUCCAACGCCUGGAGCUCAGCACCGACAUCCAGACCAUCGAGCUCCAAAUCAAAAAGCUCAAGGAGCUUCAGAGAGCCGUGGACCACCGCAAAGCCAUCAUCCUCUCCAUCAAUCUCUGCAGUUCUGAGUUCACCCAGGCUGACAGUAAGGAGAGCCGGGACCUGCAGGACCGGUUGUCCCAGAUGAACGGGCGCUGGGACCGUGUGUGCUCUCUGCUGGAGGACUGGCGGGGACUGCUGCAGGACGCACUGAUGCAGUGCCAGGAUUUCCAUGAAAUGAGCCAUGGUUUGCUUCUGAUGCUGGAGAAUAUCGACAGGAGGAAAAAUGAAAUUGUCCCUAUCGAUGCCAGCCUUGAUGCAGAGAUACUUCAGGACCAACAUAAACAGCUUAUGCAAAUAAGGCGUGAGCUAUUGGAGUCCCAGCUCAGAGUGGCCUCACUGCAAGACAUGUCUGGCCAACUCCUGGUGAAUGCUGAAGGUACAGACUGUUUAGAAGCCAAAGAAAAAGUCCAUGUUAUUGGGAACCGGCUCAAACUUCUCUUGAAGGAGGUCAGUCGGCACAUCAAGGAUCUGGAGAAGUUAUUGGACAUGUCAAGCAGUCAGCAGGACUUGUCCUCCUGGUCUUCUGCUGAUGAGCUGGACACCUCGGGAUCUGUGAGUCCUGCAUCAGGAAGAAGCACCCCGAACAGACAGAAAUCGCCACGAGGCAAAUGUAGUCUCUCACAGCCUGGACCCUCUGUCAGCAGUCCAAAUAGCAGGUCCACAAAAGGUGGCUGCGAUUCCUCCCUUUCUGAGCUACGGCCAGCUCGGUCAGGCAGAGCCUUCCUGCUCAGAGUCCUCCGGGCGGCUCUCCCCCUUCAAGUCCUCCUGCUGCUCCUCGUGGGGCUCGCCUGCCUUGUACCAAUGUCAGAGGAAGACUACAGUUGUGCCCUCUCCAACAAUUUUGCCCGGUCAUUCCACCCCAUGCUCAGAUACACAAAUGGUCCUCCUCCACUCUGAAUCAAGCAGAUGCUGGCUGCAGAAGCGUUGGUAGCAUCGGGAGGAUUGGGCCAGCAGCAAGCCCAAACCAUCAAAGGAUUUGAUCUUGAUGAAAGCCCUCCAUGUGGCAGCUUUAGCUCUCCUCCAUAUCCAUGUGUGCAGACCACGGCUUCAGAUGUGGUUGAUACACAAUGGCAGGAAGAGAGUAAAUGGAAGGUUUCAAAGAAAUAGUGUUCCAGACUCUGAGCCUUAGCACUGAAGUAAGGACAUCCAAAGUUUCCUGGACUCAUGAAUUCUGGGCCAUUGGCCCAUUCAAUGCAUAGCCGAGGACUUCAGUAGACCACCUGGGCAGCUUUCCCAUGGUGCUGCUCCACCCACCCAAUCAACCAAGGACCCUUAUCAUACAAUCUACCAACCAAUCAGUGCUGAAGAGAUUUUAGAACCUUGUAACAUACAAUUUUUAAGAGCUUAUAUGGCAGCUUCCUUUUUACCUUGUUUUCCUUUGGGGCAUGAUAUUCUAACCUUUGCUUUAGAAGCACAAGCUGUAAAUUCACAAGGCACUUUUUUUAAAGGUAUAAAAAAAAACAGAUGUAAUAAAUAAGAUCAUGGAAGGCUUUAUGUGAAAAAAGUUGAAUGUUAUAGUAUAAAAAAAGAUAUUUAUGUAUGUACAGUUUGCUAAAGCCAAGUUUUGUUUGUAUUGAUUUAUUUGCAUUUAUUAUAGAUACUGUACAAUAUUUUGUCUGUGCUUUUUUUUUUUUCUCCCUAAAAAAAGAGAUUCUAAAUUUCAUUAUUGAGCAGGCACUGAUCAGAAUGAAACUUGAUCUUCUUUUUGUGGGA